AUGUCCGAGCAGAGAGGACUAAAGGAGAGAGAGGAGCAGCAAGAUGGCGACUCAAGCACGAUCAUGGCGGCGAAGGAGAUAGCGGAGGGAGUGCUGGCGAUCAUCAAAGAGGCGAUUCCAUCUGCAUGUGUCAGCAGAGGUCGAGCUUGGACUUCUCUCCUCCCAUGCUCUUCCAAGACGAAAAGAGACGAAUGGACGCUCAAGAAAACUUUCUUUGUUUUCCUCACGCUUCAGACCGUCACUUUCUCGCUGUUUGCUGUGUACGCUUGUAGAGCAGCUUCGAAGAGGAACGCUUUGCUACAGCAGCUACGCAGGGAGAUGUUGAACGCGGAGCUGAGCCACAAGAAGGGCGAGCUGCUUGCCUCUCAAGCUUCGCUGCUUGCCGCUGUUUCUCGGACGAGCACGGACAAGAACUCUCCUCCUGUGGCUCGAGAGGAUGCCAGACCUGUCAAGGAAGACGUGGAGCAAGUCAAAGAUGUUGUGACAUUUGUCAAAGAGGUUCCGACAGCCAGUGUCAGCGUAGCGACAGAAGCUGUGAAGGCACGAGAGCACCAAGACAUCUUGAUGAAGCGCAUGGAGAUUCAGAGUCAACAGCUCAACUUUCCCCCAGUCGCGCAAGAUACCAUUGGCUCAACUGCAGGGAGCUCAGGUGGCAGCGGACAAGCGCUGGUUGUCUUGCCGGAGAUGAAGAAUACGUAUGCGGAUUACCGGUUUCGUCUCAUCGUGUUGACGUGCAACAGACCUCAGUCGCUCGCCAGGCUCUUGCAGUCUCUGCGAUCAGCCUACUACGACGGGAUACGAGCCGACCUUCACGUCCAUCAAGACCGACUUCCCGGACAGCCUCCUGACCAGCAGACCGCUUAUGUGGUGGAGAGCUUGGACUGGCCUUGGGGUAUCAAGGAGCUCCAUCAGUGGUCGACGCACGUCGGCAUCAUGGGGAACUGGAUCGAAUCUUGGCAGCCGUCCUCGCACGACUCGAACAAGAUCCCGAUCUUCCUCGAAGAUGACCUUGAAGUCUCCCCCUUCUUCGCUCGCUGGUUCCUCGCCGCUCACAAGCGGUUCGCCAAGGAUCAUUCGGUCGCAGGCUUCAGCGGCAUGCGAGCUCAGCUGCGAGCCUCUGACCCGAGGGAGGAGGGGCUGAUGGGGAACACGAUCCCCAACACGUUCACGGUGUUCAAGUACAAGCUGAUGGGUACCUGGAGCUACUCGCCGAAGCCCAGGGUAUGGAGAGAGUUCAGGAUCUGGUACGAGAAGGUGCGGGGGGUACAAGGGUUCCUGCCUGUGGUGGAGGGGAUCCAACCGAGCGUGUGGUACCUGUCGUUCCUCGAGACAGGACGAGCGGAGACGAUAUGGGAGAUGUGGCACAUUCGCUUCAUGCACGAGCGAGGCCUCUACUGCGUGUACCCCUGGCUCUUCAACGAGAAGACGCUCGUCGCCAACUGGAGGGAGGCUGGGCUCCACUAUGAGGUUGCGGGAGGAAAGGACUUCCAGCUUCUAACAAGCUGGGACUCGCGGUUGACAGUAUGGCCGGAUGUCAUCCCAGCUCUUGACUGGGAUGGGCAUGAGGUGAAGGAGGAAGGAGCUGCGAGGGCGUCUAUGGUAAACUUUCAGUACACCAAGAACCUUCACGCAUACGAGGAGAAGAUGGAGAAGCAGGGGGGGGGACUUGCAGGAGGAGCAAAUGUGAGAAUGCCGGCCAAUCGAGACUACUUCCAAGGGGGAAGCGCUUUCUAUCAGCCUCAGGUGGCCUCCUUGCAACCUCCCGUCAUCCUCUCUCAAGCCUCUCCCUUCCCUCCGCAGCAGUUCGCUGCUCCACUUGCAAGCCAAAUGGCAGGCUCCCCUGCUUUCCAUGCUGUGCCAGACCCAUCGGCAUCUUCAUCGCCGCAACUCGUCGUCCCAGCCUACUGCAGCGCCUUGCAGGAAGACGAUGAAGUGAAGCGACGGCUUGCUAGCAAGGUUCUCUUCAUGCCCAAAGACAUUCUGAUCCUGCUGGUGGUCCCGGACUCUCACGUCAUCUUUCUCCUCUCCUGGGUAUGCAACACCCUCGAGAUGGUGGGAGUGCACGAGAGGACUCUGCUUGUUCUUUCCAGCCAUGAGUCAGCUACCAGAGUCUCGGCCUACGGCAAACGCUUGAAUAUUCUCGUACUCUCACACCCGGAGUUUGACGGGAGGGGGAGGAGCCAGGAGGCAGCUGAGCAAAGCCAUCUGGUCUUUCGCAUCAAGCUCCUCGUCGCCGCGCUCUCCCUGCAUCCCAAGGUCUUGCUGACCUCCCCCGACAUGGGCUGGCUCAGCAGCCCUCUUCGGGACCACGAGCUCGUGCAGUCUGCUGCCACUAUGGUGAGCCUGGAGGAUCGGCGAUCGCGAAAGGGGUUGGACUUUGUGCUGGUACACUCGUCAGACGGCUCCAAGUGUUUCUGGAAGAGAGUUUUGAGGGGGAUGAACGAGACUAUCGCGGGCACAGUGACCGACGCUGCUUCGGACGUCUUGCUCGACCUCUACCAGUCGAUGACGCAGGAGAUGGAGAAAGAACGGCUCGUCGUCUCGCAGCCGCUUGAUCCCUGCAGGUUUCGAUCGGGCCGAUGGUUCCUCGGCCUCCAGUGGGAGUUGGGCGGGACUUGCAAACAAGUCAUCCCUGUCGUCAUCGACUUUCUGUCUUCCCUCUCCCUCGAGGUCAGGCUGGCGUAUGCCAAGCAGAACGGCUUGUGGUUCCUCCAAGACGACACCAUCAGCUGCAAGCCUGUUGAGUUCUCGCUGAUGCGAGCGAGAUCGGCAUUUGUCAGGACCGGACUGAGCCUGCAAGUGAAUAACCAACCUCAAGCUCAGGCCCAGCAGCCCGUCAUGCCCCAGCAGCCUUCAGCUCAGGCCCAGCAGCCCGUCAUGCCCCAGCAGCCUUCAGCUCAGGCCCAGCAGCCCGUCAUGCCCCAGCAGCCUUCAGCUCAGGCUCAGCAGCCCGUCAUGCCCCAGCAGCCUUCAGCUCAGGCCCAGCAGCCCGUCAUGCCCCAGCAGCCUUCAGCUCAGGCCCAGCAGCCCGCCAUGCCCCAGCAGCCUUCAGCUCAGGCCCAGCAGCCCGUCAUGCUCCAGCAGCCUUCAGCUCAGGCUCAGCAGCUCGCCAUGCCCCAGCAGCCUUCAGCUCAGGCUCAGCAGCUCGCCAUGCCCCAGCAGCCUUCAGCUCAGGCCCAGCAGCUUGCCAUGCCCCAGCAGCCUUCAGCUCAGGCCCAGCAGUCUAUCACGCAGGAAUUUCUGCAGCUGCAGGCUCAGGCUGCGGGUCCAGCUUCCAACUGGUUUUGCUCUGGCGCAUUCUUCAAGGUCAAGCACAACACGGACCUCAAGGGGAGGGACAUCGGCAGUUACACCGUAGCCUACAGCGUGCGAAGCUGUUGCCAUGAGUGUAGUAUUGACAGCGCCUGCGUCGGCUUCACGUGGGUCAGCAGCUCCUUCGAGUGCUGGAAGAAGGCUCAGUUGAUCCAGUUUUUUUUUUCCCUCGUCAACUUGACUGACGUCCUAAUGCCGCAACGGCGAGGGGAGCAUGUCGGGAUGGGGCUGGUGGUGGUGGAGGAGAUGAAGAGGAACAGAGACGAGGACGAGGACGAGGACGAGGACAAGGACGAGGAGCAUAGCUCUUUGACAGGGAGCAGGCGUAUGUUUGUUGUCAGCUCGCUCUUGGACGGAUCUCCUGCGCAGCGUUCGAGGGAGAUCGACGUGGGGGAUGUUCUUGAAGGCGUCUUUGGUCGCAGCAUCGACGUUCUCAGCCUUGAGCAGCUGAAGAUGCUGUUCUCAGACUUCGCCGCCGACGAGCCGAUCGAGCUUCAGUUUUCACGCGACCCCCAAGACUUUGUCUUUGACGUGGAGAGGAUGAGGAUGAAGGUCAUGCACCUGCGCGAAGAGUUGAGGUUGAAGGACGAGGAGCAACAGCUGCUGGUGAAGAAGAUUCAGCUCCUGGAGGGAAAGCUGGAGAACGUUGGGAGCUCUCGGCUCGAUCCGAGUGUUCUAGAAAAGAUUCAGAGAAAAUACGACAAACUUGUCAGGAAACGAGAUCAAGAGCGGGCAAAGUUUGAGGAGGUUGUGCAAGAACGAGAUCGUUUGAAGCAAGAGAACGCGGAGUUGAAGGGAUACAACGUCGCAAACGAUCGAUUGCAGGCUCAGAUGCAGGAAGAUGAUCGCGUGUUAAAGUCGCAGUUUGGGACAGCUUUUCAGACGUCAAGGUCGCCGGAAGAUUUUUACUAUCAACAGUGA